AGUAUUUUGUUACAAUACAGUCUUGGUUGCCUUAACUAAGUAACUUCAGUAUAUGAUAAUUCUCUUGCUAGUGUUCAUUAUACAGUUUUCAGUCUCCUGUGCUUGUCUGACAUUGAACAAGGAACAGCAGAGCAAGCUUCUAGAAGUUGGGUGGAACAACACAAAUAAUGCAAAACAGGAUAUUGAGAGGAAUCUAAACUGUUGUGGAUUCAGAAAUAUCAGUGAAGAAGCUGAGUGUUCUGCUGAAUGUGUUCAAACACACACAUGUCAACCCUGUGCACCGAUAAUGAAGGAAUACUCUGGGAUGGUACUAAGAUUUGUUGGUGGCAUUGGACUCUUCUUUAGUUUCACAGAGAUCUUAGGGGUAUGGCUCACCUACAGAUACAGGAAUCAAAAGGAUCCUCGUGCGAAUCCAAGUGCAUUUCUUUGACCUGGAACCUUUCUCAAGAGACUGAAUAUUUCUUCUUCUGUGUUUUUAAAAAAGAAUUGUCUGCUGAUUGGCUGCUUUCCACUUAACUGAGAGUUAUGCACUUGAGAUAAGAUGACUCUUCUAGACUCCUAGCUGCCUCUUUUACUUGUUUUGGUUGUUGUACUCCCCUUGGAUCAACUGUUUUUGUCCAUUGUGCAACUAAACAAGAUUUGACAUAAUCAUCAUCUUCUAUCAUUUGGUUGCUUUGCUGUUUAUUUGCAGAGUGGGAAACAAUCUUUAAAAUUCAUCUGCCAGAAAUUGAUUCUGCUUCCAUCCUCUGGAACGAAUAGCAUUGUUGGUUGAAAUGCCUAAGGCUGCAUAUUUCCAUUGAGAACUACUGUAAAGUUUUGUAUUGCUACUUCUUUCUUUGGUAUUAUGGUGUAAAAAAGAACCUAGAGCUCAUCUAAGAGGGGGAAACUCAUUUUCCGUUCUCCUUCUUUUCCAUUCCCUCUGCCACCCACAUUUUCUAUAAACUUAACUGUAUAAAACCUUUCUCUUUAUUGGUUAUGUCCAUCUAUUUCAGAAUUGCCAUGCAAACGUAGUGAUUCCAUUCCAGGCCCCUGUUGACAUUUUAGUGCAUGAAGAAAUUGUGUGUUAGCUUUCUCAUGUGCUGCAGGCUGGUACACAUGUGAACACAUUGGACUGUGGUGGCUGGGUGUCCUUCACAAUAUUGAAAAUUCACUGUAACUUUGUCAUUGACUUUAGAGCAUGGAAUGUAUCUGUGUGUGAAGAAUAGUAAUAAGUGCCGAUUAACAGGGAUAUGAAUUGUCACUGUAUGCCUAAAUGACUUUUAUUUAAAUGAACUGUGUAAUUUAAAAUGUCAUAAGAGAAGUUACAUGUUCAAUUAGCUUGUCACAAUAAGAAAUUGGACUUGAGGCUCAGAAGUCUUGUUUUGUUUUCACAAUAGAUUAAAUUUGAGCAAUGUAGUAAGUUACCUGAUACUUCUGAUGUUUGUCUCCUAGAUUUAACUAACUGCAUUCAUUCAUUGAUAUGUAAAAUAUUUGAUCAUUAAUGUGAACUAGAAGAUUGUGAAUUAAGUAGAUUUUUGUGGUGCUUCACUUGUUUAUUUAAAGGAAUAAAAAUUUUGAUGAAUGAUGUUUAAAAUUCC